UCUUGCAGAACUUUCCCCCUGAAAAUCCCUGCAUCAGAACCAGCCCUCCCGCCCAGGGAGGUUUUGAUUUUAGUGGCUUUCCUUCCUUUUAAUUUCUAUCGUCGUGUGCGGGUUUUGGCUGCGGAGCAAACUUGCAGCUCAUCUGGGUACAUGUCUGCGGUAAUCGCCCCGGCAGCGGGUUACCCUGACACCAUGCACUCCGAAGCAGAAGAAUCCAAGGAAGUGGCCACAGAUGUCUUUAAUUCCAAAAACCUGGCCGUUCAGGCACAAAAGAAGAUCUUGGGUAAAAUGGUGUCGAAAUCCAUUGCUACCACCUUAAUCGAUGACACGAGCAGCGAAGUGCUCGAUGAGCUCUACAGGGUGACCAAGGAGUACACCCAAAACAAGAAGGAGGCGGAGAAAAUCAUCAAAAACCUCAUCAAAACAGUCAUCAAGCUGGCCAUUCUUUACAGGAAUAAUCAGUUUAAUCAAGAUGAGCUAGCACUGAUGGAGAAAUUUAAGAAGAAAGUUCAUCAACUUGCUAUGACCGUGGUCAGUUUCCAUCAAGUGGAUUACACCUUUGACCGGAAUGUGUUAUCCAAGCUGCUAAAUGAAUGCAGAGAGAUGCUCCACCAAAUCAUUCAGCGUCACCUCACCGCAAAGUCACAUGGACGGGUUAAUAACGUCUUUGAUCAUUUUUCAGAUUGUGAUUUUUUGGCUGCCUUGUAUAAUCCCUUUGGAAAUUUUAAACCUCACUUACAAAAACUCUGUGAUGGUAUCAACAAAAUGUUGGAUGAAGAGAACAUAUGAGCAUGUGAAUUAAGAUUGUGACUGCUCAUGGUUUAUUUGAAGAUGGAGCACUGCUGAUUCAUGAAGGAAAAAAGAAUUUUUUAAGGAUUAUACAUAUUUCAGAAAGAAUUUGUCCAAUUCAAUGGUCAGACAUUAACGAUAAUUUUUUAUGAGGCUUGUUUUAUUUGAAGAAAAGCAUGUUGCCAAAAAUUCUGGUUAAAAGCUUCCUAACGGUUAACAGAUAUGGGAAAGAUGUAUGGUUGCAUAAUGCAAAUAUAGAGUCAUACAGAGAAAAAUACGUAUGGCUUCAAACCUCAAGACAUCUUUUUUAGGGGAAUUGUUGUGGCACAUUGGAUAUUUCUAAUGUGUACGAAGUUGUGUAUUUUGAUUCACUUUUAUUCCUUACUAUGUGUAUGUACCUUUUUUAAAAAGCCAAGAACUUUCUCUUGCUGUUAUUGCUCCUUUUGAAACAAUUCCAUUUUCAAGUCUACCUUUUGUUAAAGAUUCUUUUGUUAAAGAUUUUGUUAUUGACAUUCAAGAAUUGUCUUAAUUAAGAAUUAAGACAUUCAAGAAUUAAGGCAGUCAAAUUGAAGCCUUAGAAAGCUAGAAAAGUACUUCUCUGAAAUCAAUACUGUAGAAACCAUCUGUAUUUGACAUUAUGAAUAAUGUCUAAUAUAAGAACAUGCUUCUGGAAUCGAGUCUUGUUUUUUAGUACCAACAGUGAUACUUCCCAAAACAUGAUAAUUCCUCAAAACGUAAUGGCAUGCCAUUGCCUUGAAAUGUUUGCUGAGGGCUUAACUUUCAUGUUAUCGUGCUGAUGGAAUCUCCAUUUUUAAUAUCCUUUUCAAAUGUAAGAGACAAAGAGAAAAUCUAGAUUGUUUUUGCUGUUGGGACAAUAAAAAGUAAGUGGUAUUAAGAAAGAUAACACAAUCUUUGUUUCAGAGAUGAGCCCAUGAGAAUAAUUUAGAGGGAUGAGGGAGGGGCAAAAGGGAAGAAAGGAUAUUGCUACAGAAAAUGAGAAUGAAAAUUAAUGCAUUUCAAUGUUUAAUAAAGUUUGAUAGGUAAAGAAUGUCACUUUUUUAUUUAACUGGUAAGGUUUUUGCUAUUUUGUUAUUUGCUUUUUUGAUGAGUAAACCAAAGAAUGUUUGCAUUCCA